GUGCGACCCAGGCCCUGCUGCGUGCCUUCGAGCCAUGGGCCCUGCUCUUUCUGUGUUUUGCACUGCCUCUUGUGUCAGGUGAGAGGUUCCCGCUGAGGACAAAAUUGGAGACAAAAGAAAGACUGACGCCGUCGCUCUCCGAUGUGUGGUGCAGCCGUCUCAUCCCAUGAUGCUUUCUGCGAACACCCCAAGUUCUCUUUGCCUGUGAAGGGAGCCGACACAGUCGAAAUCGACCUGUCGGCGGUACCCUAGUCGGCGGUUGUCAAUCUUGCCAUCGGGGCCGGCUUCAAAAUCGUCGAGCAUCUGAGGGAUGCGCCCUCCUCAGGAAAGCUGCAAGUGGGGAGCAAAGACGACCCGAAAGGUGCCCACUUGCAACGCUAAGACAUGGUCGAUUGGCGAUGUCUCUGUCUGACUGUCUGUCUGUCUGUGGGUGCAUCAGUGCAGAUUUGGUGACGUCAGCUGAUCGUUUGAGUGACGAGUACAUCCGGGGUGGCAAGUGGACCGAGACGGGCAAGACCACCAUUAACGACAAGGGCAAACCGGAGAAGGAGAUGGUCUUCAAGAAGACAGAAGGCCUGACUGCUCUCCGGCGAUGGAAAGGCAUCGACGCGCUCAGUGAAGAGGAGAGCACCGAAGGGUUCCCUGAGGCAUACUGGCUGGUGGAUCCCCUGGACGGCACAAGUGUCUAUGCCGACGAUGCCAGGGUCUGGAUCAAGCACGCCAAAGGCCUCUCUAAGACUUCUUCUCGCCUAAGGCUCUACCAAGAGAUGAAGAAAGUCCUCUUUGCGGAAUGGACGGUCAUGGUGGCCCUCAUCCACAAGAACAAGGCAGUGGCGGGAGUCAUCACCGUGCCAUGGAAGCGCAUAGCAUACUAUGGCGUUGUCCCCAGUAACGAUGUGGCUGUCGAGGGUUCCGAUGCGAGACGCGCCUGUCGUCUGGUGUACACGGGAGACAGCUCGUGGAACGAGGGAAGCGCCCGCAGCAUGCACGAGAAAGCGACAUUCAAUGUGCCGCUGACGGCGUAUGGCGAGGGGUGUAUCCAGGGAGUGUCUGCCCCUUACGUCAGGCCUGGUAGCCUGGUGCAGGCGAUAGGCAGUGACAUGAACCCCAACGAUGCCAUCGACGCCUACGAGUACUUUCUAUCGCGCCAUCCUGACGGCCCGAGGUUUGAAUUCCGGCAGGUGCAGGCAAGCGGGAAGAACUUUCAAGGAUUUGGCUCAUUCCUGGUGGGUGAGAGAGGCGGGUCUGAUAGACAACCAACGAUGACAAUGAAUGAAUGUGUUUCCCUUUCCGAUGUGUGUGCAGAAAUUUCUGAUGGUUUUAGACCCUGAGUUGCUGUGGUUCUACGACCUUGGUCAUGUCUCGCGCCGGCCAGAACCUGUUUGUGGGCCGUCGAUGCGUCCAUCGAAAUUUGCCAAGAGAAAGCUCUACAAUGUGGUACGUACGGACGAGACACAUGGGCGUCCUUUGGCGAUGGAGAUCUUGUGUCCCUCCCCGCGUCCCUUGCCGCAUGCAGAUCUAUCCCCGGAUCGCACCCCUUAAGGAAUGGGACACAGCAGCGGCACACGCAAUCCUGAACGCGGGAAGCGCCAUGAUUUUGCGAGUCGACUGCGUCAACGAGGGCAACCGGGAGUACGGACAGGAGACGGGACCGUUUAGCUUCAAAGUGAGUGGGGAGGAGGUGGGUUACUCGCGGACAGAGGGGCCCGACCAGUGUGUCGCCAACACAAGGUGGGUGAGUGUGGCGCGGGAUGGACAAAGACGCUGGCAGGAGCAUAUGGCAUGUGUCUCUUCAGGCACCAUCAAGAUGUGCCUACCCUCAAGACGAAGAAGGAGUUUCAGGACUACUUCAUCGCCAUGGGGCCGCUUGACCUGACUGACAGCGGCAAGUCCCUCACACAAAUGCUUUCCGGCCAUUGCCUCAAAGACCCAAACACAGAGGACAAGUAGGCAACGAACCGAUCAAGCGAGACGUGCUGUCCGUGUAGCCAUGGAUGCGUCUCUGCAGGACGCCCAUGACUUGCCUGCAGCGGAUCAACACAUGCACUGACGAGAAGAUGAUACACUUGCCUGAGUGCCCAUCAGCGGCCCACGGGCGGACACCCGGCGACCAGCACAAGAAGCCCGCUGUCCGCGGCAAGCCGACGGCACACAGUGGCUCAUCAGCUCUGGAAGUACGAAAGCAGACCAGCAGACCAAGCAGAGGAUGUGUGCGCAGCCAUGUGACUGACCGUGCAAUGUUUCACGUGUGUGCAGAUGCCCGUCUAAUCGGCCGGUGAAGAGAGAGGAACAAUAGAGACGAAAGCUCUAUGUCAGCACGCAAGCGUGACGUAUGUGAUGGGUCGAUUGAGCGAGUGGGUGUGUCGUGUUGAGAGUGAGGAAUGAGCUGUGUCGCGAACACAAGGUGGGUGGGUGGGAAAGGGGUGGACCAAGACACUCGUGCAGGUGUUGAUCCUUCUAAUUUGUG